AUGCAGGACCGCAUCCACGUACGCGGCCUAACCAACAUCAUCGCCAUUGAUACUCAGCCUAUCACCAAUUCGCGUAUUGCGAAGCGAGUCAAAUCCAUCCGUGACAACCUUGAGGAUCGUGAUACAUUCAUCAAAGAGGCCUUCGCCGACGGAUUCCGAUCCUUUGAAGCCCUCCUGGUCAAAAGGGGCCAGAAUGGGGCUUAUUGCUUUGGCGAGUUCAUCUCCAUGGCAGAUGUAGUGCUCGUCCCUGCAAUCGACCGGGCCUUGAUGUACAAGAUGGACCUGGACUUUGUGCCAAACGUCAAGCGCAUUUAUUUUGCUCUCAAGGAAUUGGAGUCCUUCAAGGCCGCAGACUGGAGGAGUCAAGGAGAUACUCCGGAGAGAUUCCGAAUUCAAAAAAAUAAUUGCGAGUUGUCUAUUCAAGGGGGCGGCCCCGAUUCAAGUUAUUUCUACUGUAACUACGCCCAUCAUGAUCAUUUACAUAACCGCCAGGAGCCAAGUUGGUUCUCCACAGCGGAAUCCCAUGCGCUGUUAAUAUCGCUAUUGGUGGGUCAGAAGCUUGCAGAUGAGCCCAACAAUGUAGGCGAAUUGAUUCACUUUAUCAAACCAACCACCAACCAACACACACCACUAUUGACGAAACAAAGAUCCAAAUAG